GAUGUAGAGGAAAUACCGCCUGGGAGAUGGGUUGUUAACUACCACGGACCUUGAAGCGAUGAACAAAGAGGAUUUUACGACUAUAGGGGCCUUUGUUCAAGAAUUAAGGAAGAGGGCACGGAAGGUCCAUGGGAUUUCGGAGGAAGCACAAUGCGCCAUCUUCCUGGGGCUACUCACAGCAUCGGAGGCCGUCGAAUUGACAACUCAUGGAGGAGGUAGCACUAAGCUCACCUGGGCCACCAUUGACAGAGGGGUGGAAGUUGGGUGCUUGGACCAGGUGGAACAACGUCAGGUACGCCUGCAAAGACAGAAGAGAAAGGAAAGAGAUGCGCCCGCUUCUGGGACCCCAGGAGUAACAAGGAUUGUUACAGACGUAUUGGCACAGCUAGGGUAUGCGACAGAGCCGGUGGYGCAAAGGAGGGUGGUGACGGCUGUUAAAGUAAAAGGAAAAGAGUCAUUGAUAGAGGAGGCUGGUCAGGAGGAGCUCUGGGAAGAGGAAGAGUCCGUGCCGCAGCACCUGACGAAGGUCCAGCGCAAAGUGCGUAAUUUGGCGCAGGGCGGACAGGGAUCAGGAAAAGCGCAGGCGCAUCAGGCCCAGGCAGCAGCCCCUUUAAAUGUGGCGGCUCCAUCAUCUACUACGGGCCCCUCGCAAGCUGGGGCGCCCUCCUAUGGACAAUGGCCCUGGCCGGUGAUCAACACAAUUGUGCCAUGGGGAAGCACGCCGCCAGUAGCUGGACCGCAAACGAGUAUGCCACCACCCAUCUACCCCGCGGCCCAGGCCCAGGCCCAACCUGUGGCCCCGCCACCGUCACCUGAUCCCAGUUCACAGGGCAGUGUUGUAGGAGGUGGGAACCAGGGGCAGGGCAAUCAAGGCAGUGAAGGGAGGGGUGGAGGAAAGGGGCGAGGCAGAAAUGACGGCGGAAGAGGAAGGCAAUGGAAUGGCCAAGGCCAGGGGUACCAAGGCCAAGGGAGUCAAGGUCAGGGGUACCAAGGCCAAGGGAGUCAAGGCCAGGGGUACCAAGGCCAGGGCUAUCAAGGCCGGGGGGAUCAGGGAAGUCAAGGGUAUAGAAGACCCCGCUUUGACUGGAGGACGGCCAUCUGUCAGCAUUGUGACCAGCAGGGCCACACUCUAAGGUUCUGUAAUAUAAGACGGGACGAGAGAAGCGGACUGAUUUCCUCUACUAUGGAUGGGAAUAUCUACGAUCAGUUUGGGGAGGCCAUUGACAGAAGGCUUGGAAGAGUGAGGGCUGAAGCCCAACGAAGAGCGGCAGCUGGGCCACCACCCCCUGCCAUGUUCAGGCUAUGGCAGGAAAAGGAGAAACCACCGUUUGGGGUCGACGAAGUGGGGAGCAAUAAGGAAGUGACUCAAGGGCUGCGAGGAGGAAGUGAGACGGAAGAGGCCAUAAUCAUCGAGUCAGAUGACGAGGAUGAGGAGGAAAGAAUGGAGCCUCUGUCCGUCUUAUUUGAGAAGAUGGAGGACUUGCUGGAUAAGAUGGGGAGGUACCAGCAGAAGUUGGUAGGCCUCUGUGAAGGAGUGAAAGGAUGGAAGUCUAAUGUCCCCACAGUAUUCCUCUAUGACUCCGGCUCGGAGUCAGCGCCUGGGCGACCCGGAGUAAAUCUGGUGGGGUCGUGCCCUCAACCAGGAAUGAGGGGGAGACCCCUCACUCAGCAGGCCCGGCUGGCACAGGCAGCGCGAACGAGGAAUCAAGCCAAGGCCAGUGCCAGCCAAGAGCCUCUGAGGAUAGAACCCGAAUCAGGGAGAAGGAAAGAGGUUGUGGAAGUAGAGGAUGACGAUGAUGAAGAGGAAGAGGACGAGAGGCUGCGCAGAGAAGAGGAUCAGAGAGUGAAGCAGCGGGCAAGGAAAAAGGGAACCAGGGGAGAGGCCGAACCGGUCAUACAUGACGGACCGCCCAAAAAGAAAAAAUACGCGGUCCGGUUGGAAGAAGGAUUUGACGUAGAGAAGGUAAUUGACCGGCUGCUGGAAGGGCAUAAUGACCUCAUGACCCUGAAGGAAAUCCUAGCGUCAGCCCCGGGACGGCUCAAGCAGGGUUCUCAAAGGCGGUACAAGACGGUAGACAAGAAGUGCCGCCCGGUACCCGUUCUCGUUACAGAGGACGAGGAAGCAUAUUGCGAGAGGGAACGAGGGUUGAUUCGACAAAUGAGGGAAAGUGCUUUAGCAGGGCCAUGUCGUAUCAACGAAGGGAACGAGAAGGAGUUGAUCAUAGGGGAGUCUGAUUUUCUGCUGCCUCAUGAGCGAACGCUGAUGGUGGAAUUAAUGAAGAGGAAGCAUCGCGCCUACGCGUUUAGUGACGAGGAGCGUGGCAGGCUGGAUGUAGAUAAGAUACCUAUGAUUUGCAUCCACACCGUGCCACACGAACCUUGGAACAUGAGAGGGGCGCGAUAUCCCAAUCCUGACGAGGAAAGGAAGGUGGUGGAUUAUCUCGACGGCAAGAUACGUACUCACGUCGCCGGCUAUUCAAGUGGACCGUAUGCAUCCCCGUGGUUCUGCUUUAUUAAGCCUAACGGGACAUUGCGGUGGGUGCAGGAUUUGCAAAGAUUGAAUGCAGUGACCGUGCGAGAUGGUGGAGGACUGCCGAAUGCAGACGCGCUGUCGGAAUCCUGUGCUGGAAGGCCUAUAAUUUCGCUUAUAGACCUUUACUCAGGAUACGAUCAGUUCCCAGUCUACCCGUCGGAUAGGCCGGUGACAACUAUGCACACGCCGCGAGGAUUAGUCCACAUGAACGUGGCCCCACAAGGGUGGACCAACGCAGUAGCAAUGGUCCCACGGGCCAUGAUUCGGGCCAUGCAGUCAGUCAGCCCCCAUAUCAGACAGCCAUACAUUGACGAUUUGGCAGUGAAGGGGCCGGCGAUGAAAGAAAGCGACAAAGUCUCACCAGGGGUAAGGCCCUUUGUCUGGAAACACAUUCAGGACCUCGAAAAGGUCCUGAGCCUGCUCGAAGAGCAUAACCUCACGGCAAGCGGGGCCAAAUCCAGACACUGCAUGAGGGAAGCGACUAUCUUGGGGAUAGUCUGCAAUCAGAAGGGCCGAAGGCCGGAUGUGAAGAAGACGGACAAGAUUACUGAGUGGCCAGUUUCGUUCCACUCAAUAACUGAUGUCAGGAGCUUGCUUGAGAGGAACUACUCUCAGUUCAAGAGGGAGACCCUUGCUGUCCUCCACUGUCUGCGAAUCUUCCGGAACUAUGUCUUCGGCAUGAGAUUUAUUUUGAGAGUGGAUCCGACCGCCCUGGCCUACUCUCUAAGGAAUUACGUUCCAUCGGAUUCGACGAUUGCCAAAUGGUUGACGUACAUCUGGAUGUUCAAUUUCGAAUUAGAACGGAUUCCUGGUAGUAAGAACCGGGCAGACGGGCUGAGUCGGAUCAACCGGGAUAAGCAGGAAGGGGAGGCGGUGGAGAAUACGCCCCCAGUUGAUGGAUUUCUGGAUCAGGAAGAAGAUGUUCGUCUCCAUAUCAAUAAGUGGUCGCCGCGAGUGCCCAGCUGUGUAGGCUAUCCUAUUUGGCAAGCGCCGAGCGGAUAUGAAAGGAGGACCGAGCUGGUCCUCAAACCCUUUAAAGAAGAGGAUCCCUGGGGCGGUAAGGAUGUUCAGUGGAUGAUGGAAUUGGCGUUGGCCACCUCGCAUAGCCUGGUGGAGGAUAUGAGGACGAUUGAGGAAGGACCUGGCCUGGUAGAACGGCAUGAGGACCUGAUGGGAGGAAUGUAUCUCCUCGUCAAUACGUUAUUGCAGGAAAACCUAGACCAGUCAGGCUCGUUGAACCCGGCAGGGAAUGUGGACGAAAUACCCGAGAGCCAGGACGACAAGUUCGAAGAAGGGAAAAUUAAGGAGGCUUUUCAUACAGAGGAGUACGAUGGGAUCUACCUAGAGCUGGGGCUUCUUCUGUCUGACUUUACGAAGACAGCCAUGCCAAGAGGAGGGAAGGGGACACGGCCGCCUCAGAGGCCGUUGGGCGCAUCAGGAGGAUAUGAGCGGCAUGGGCCUCGCCAUCGAGAGAUUACUCCAGUCUACAAUGAUGGGGACAUCGAGCUAUUCCUGGACAGUUUCUGGGAGCAUGCGAGGCGUAUGGGUUGGACCGUCGCUCAGGUGAUUGAGAGAUUGAGGGGAGCAGGUAGGUUCGAAGAGCCCAUUGCCAGGAUUCGUAGGGAGGCGACGACGAGGCAGGAGGUGGAGAUGAGGAUGGAGGAGUUGCGACCCUCGCCUGUGGGACCUGAUGGCAGGCCGAUCCGCCUGGAGAUUGGAAAUGCGUCGGACUUCAUCCUCGCGUUUGAGUGGUUCAUGCAAGAGCAGGGCAUACCGAGAGAUGAUUGGAUGCAGACGCUACCACUCUGGACCAGGAAGGCGGAAAGGCCACUGGCUAUGCAGAUCAGGGACAUGGCACAAGAUUGGGAGAGCUGCAGGGCACAUUUGAGAGAGGCCUUUCGACGGCCAGAGCUCCCUCAGCCCAGAGUCGAGAGGCGGCAGAGAAGUCAGAGGCCGAGGGACCAUAAGCCCAGGGAGGCGAGACCAUCUCGAAGAGGACGGAAGGCCCUAGCCAGGAGAGAGAAGGAGCCGGAGGAUGAGGAGCAAGGGGCAUACCCUGAGUGUGGGUUGGGAUCAGUGGAGUUCCAUCGUUUUACUGAGGGUGGAUUGAGGAGGUCGCCAACACACACACAGGGGGAGCCACCAGCGUCAGAGGGGCCCUUGAGGGAAUUGGAGAUGCAUUUAGAUAUUUCUCGGUGGAGGGCGUCGCUUCAAGGUGAGGAGCAUGGAGAGCAGGCAGAGGAGGUGUCACGAGAGGAGGUGCCACGAGAGAAGGUGCCACAGGGGGAGAUACCACAAGAGGAGAUGUCACGGGAGGAGGUGCCACAGGAAGAGGUCCAAGGUACUCAGCGAGAGAGAGGGCUGGGCGAUGAGGGGAGACGUGCAGGGAAGGAACUGAUAGAGGUUGGAGAGGACACGCCCCCACAGACGCCAGCAGAACUUAGGGCUUUGGUGGUGAGCCAGGCAGCUAUCAUUGAGAGCCUAAGGCAGCAAACCCCGGGAAAGGUGGACAGACCAGAGAGCAGCCGGCAGGGAGAGCAGAGGCAGCCAGGACAGGGAUUGCCAAUACAGCCAUCUGCGACAGAGCCUCGCCAGGAGCUACCUAUGGGGAGGGUUAUCCUGGAGUCAGAGGAGGCGAGAGCACAGAGACAGGCGGAGAGAGAGGCGUUCGAGUUUAGAGUCUCUACCGAGCUCGCGACACUGCCAGUAGAAGCGGCGGGCCCAGUCGUACCUUUGGCAGUAGAGGAGGGGCUGCCACCAUCUAGCAAUGAGCCGGCUCAGAGCUUAGUAGAGGAAUCCAUGGGCGUGCUCCUUGAGGCGGUGCAUACUAUGCAGGAGGAGGUGAGUUUGUUUUCACCUGAGCAGAGGAUAGAGGAGCCUCUUGAGAGAGAGAUGGGGAUUGAGGAGGAGGGUGCCAUCGAGGGCAGACUCCAGAGGAUAGGCACUCUUGAGUAUGGACCAGAGGAGAUUGAGGAGCAGCCCACGGCAGUGCCAGAGGCGACACUCGAGAGGAGGCCUCAGAGGUUGGACACGCCCGAGUACGUCCCAGCGACAGAGGAUUUGAGAAACAGACUAGGAUCUUGGGCUACUAGAUCUGGGUCUGGUGGACUGGUUCCGGGGACAGAGCAGCAGGAAGUCGUUAGUACCGUAGCUCCUCGAUCAGAGUAGCAGGGGGGUGUCGGUACCUUGGUGGGAUCUCCUUCAUCGCCACCUCCUCAGCCCAGGAAGAAGAAGUUCAAGAGAAAGGUAGAUCAGCUAUGUUUUUACUGCAAGAGGGACGUGCAUCUGGCUUUGGACUGUCUCGAGUUUCUUGAGGAUAAGGCAGCAGGGAAGAUCUCAGAGGUAGGGAGUAAGAUGUAUGAUAGACAGUGUAGGAUAGUAGAGAAGUCCGCAGAUGGACUUAGGGCUGAGUUAUAUAGGCAAAACCAGGAGGAGUUGAGGAGAUAGUGCCGGUUUGUC